AUGCUCCAACCCGAUGAAGCUGAACGGACCCUGGGAGUCAUGAUGGCCCCACUUGAGACCGGAACUGCACAACACCUUCCCCUGCGGGAGAAGGCCAAGAACUGGGCAGCCAAGUUCCGUCCCCAACAUCUACUUUGCUAUGACGUUCUUCCCUUGCUCAAGGCAACCGCCUUGAAAACUUUGGAGUACGCGAUGCCCCUUUCCACACUGGGCCGCUCCGACUGGGUGUCCAUCAUGUCACCGAUCCUCCAAGCAAGUUUGCACAAAGCUGGGGUUUGCCGUUCCUUUCCCCGCGUCGUGGUCUUUGCCCCUCUGAAGUACCAGGGAUUGGGUAUCCCGUAUCCCUUCGCCCUUCAAGUCUUCCACCAUCUCAGUGUUCUGAUGCGCCAUUCGGCCAACCGUACCAACACCGGCCAGUACCUGGAGGCCAACCUACAGUCCCACCAACUCGGAACGGGCACCUCCUUUCCCCUUCUUCAACAAGAACCCACCAACACCGGGAUCCUUGCCUCCGUAACAUGGCUCAAACGGGUUUGGAUCGAGCUUGACUCAUCGGGCAUCAGAGUCAAGAUCUCCUCCCCUCCCUUGUCUCUUGAUGGACAUCUUCAUCGAUGCCUUGGUCAACCAAGAGGACUUGCUGUGGCUCAACUGGUGCUGCCAAUAUCUCCAAGUCAUCACCCUCUCGGAACUCACCACCGCCGACGGGUGUUCCCUGACGGCAGCUUCUCUUGCCGGCCAACCCUCCGGACAUUUUGUGACCAGCUACAAUUGGCCCCGAACCCGACGCCCUGGCCCCUCUCACUGGGACCUAUGGCGACGCACAAAAACCUGGCAAUCUACCAACCCAUCAACUCGCGUUCCCAUAAGACCUUCCGCAGGGAUCUUCACCACACCUGGACAGGAACCCUUCCCGGGGACGUCCAACGGGCAUCAGUCAACCUUCACCCACGGACAGCCUACGUCACUGUCACGGGCACAGCCCCUGUAGAUCCACCAGAUCAGGAGUCCCUGCCAGCCUCGAUCCUUCACAUCUGGAGGGAAUUGGCAGCCGACAUGGACGACGACUGGGGAUGGGUCCCGGAAUACGUCUCCAUUGAGGGUGACAAAUAA